AUGGAUACGGAUAAUCGAAGCGUAUCCCCGUCAACAUUAGCCGCGGAAAAAGCCCGUCUACACGAACAGGGAAUACUGCUGGAACGGUGGCUGGCUGACAAUGAGAAUAAUCUCUAUCCAACCAGGGAAAUGAAGGACAGGAUCGCCCUGGAUUUGAAGACCACUUAUAUGCAUGUAAAUCGCUGGUUCGCCAACCGGCGCCGGAAGCACAGCAAGCGCGUCAAGUCGACCUCCCAAAAACAGCAGGCCGACCAGGCGGCUGAUGCUCAGAACACCGGCUCGCCGACGGAUCCGGAAGCCGCCAAAGCCCUGACGACCACCCGGAUCGUCGAGGAGAUUCUGCACUCGUUUGCCAAAGGUUGG